GACAGCCGAAUGUCAAUCCAAUUGACAUUUCGUCCUGUAAAAUUAAAAAAAACAUUAUAAAUAAUAAUCACAAAAUCCAAAAAAGUAGUUGUUUUAUUUUGCAAUUUUAAAAAAACGAAAAAAUUUCUGGUAAAUAAGUUCUCCAAUAUACCCUGAUCAUCUAUCAAUCUGUUAUAUAAGAAAAUGUUUAAACGUUUACCAACUAUUGCGCAUCGAAAAUGAAAAAUGGAUCUAAUCUGUGUAGCUAUUAGAAGAAAUAUUUUACCCAUCUCUGCAAGAAUUUUCGGCUUUAGAAGGACCUACGCAAGACUAGCUGAAGUAGGGCGACUCGAAAGUCCAAAGUUAGCUGGCAAAUAUGAUACAGGACAACUAAUUCUGCAUAAAGUCUUUGGAUAUAGAGGUGUCAUUUUAUUUCCAUGGCUAGCUAGAGUAUAUGAUAGAGACUUACCUCAGCAUAGAGAGGGAGAUGAAGAACCAGGAUCAGGAGUUGGCAAAGAAGUUAGAGGGAGAACACAUACUUUCUACCAAGUUCUUAUUGAUCAGCGUGAUUGCCCAUAUAUAAGAGCUCAAACGGAAGCAGUCACAUUUCUUGGCAACCAAGAUUCGUCCAGAAGCCUCUAUGCCAUACCGGGAUUAGAUUAUGUUGCUCAUGAAGAUAUAAUUCCUUAUGCAAGCGCUGAAAAAAUCCCUUUAAACCACGAGUUGUUCGAUAAGUUUUUAGCGCCAAAUCCCAAUAGAGAUCCACCAUUCGUGGCUCAAGAAACGUUGAAAGCAUGGCAGAAUAAAAACCAUCCAUGGUUAGAAUUGUCUGACGUACAUAAAGAAACUACCGAGAAUAUUAGGGUUACUGUUAUCCCGUUUUAUAUGGGAUGUAGAGAGAGUCAUGCCAAUUCUGUUUAUUGGUGGCGAUACUGUAUAAGACUAGAAAAUUUAGGAAAUCUCAGUGUGCAACUUAGGGAAAGACAUUGGAGAAUAUUUUCUCUGUCAGGUACUUUGGAAACAGUUAGAGGACGUGGGGUAGUCGGUCAAGAACCCGCUUUGACAAAAACGUUGCCGGCUUUUCAAUAUAGCAGCCACGUCAGUUUGCAAGCCCCAAGCGGUCACAUGUGGGGUACGUUUAGAAUGGAACGCGAAGAUGGUUAUACAUUCGACUGCAGAAUCCCUCCAUUUUCCCUGGAAAGCAAGCCCGAAGCGACGUCCAGCGUUCGCGGCCCGCCGCGACGUUCAGCAGUAACGACUGGUCGCGGCGAUUUUGGGAUUUGCUUGAAGCGUCCGCGUUUCUGUAGUAGUGAGAGCACACCCGCCAUAAUACAAGUGAAUUGUAUGAAUCCCGAAACGAAGAAGGUUAUUACAAGAUCCUUAUACAAAAUCACCUAAAUGACGACGAUGAAAAGUUUCGCAGCUUCUUCAGGCUUAAUAAGGAUCAAUUUAAUUUUCUGUUAGGCCUAGUUCAAAAUGAAUUAAAGAAGAAACCCACAAACAGAGUAAAAACUCCUAUUUCCCCAGAAGAAAAAUUGGCUCUGACACUAAGGUAAGACACAUUUUUUGAAGUGUUAACUGAUUCAUUUGGAAUAUCUUCUAGUUGGCCUGGCAUUUGAAAAUAUACCACUAGUUGAGAAGUCAUUUGCACUGGUGAACAGCGAUUUUGUGGCUGCUCUGGAUUAGUCAUUGAUGCCUGGAGAUUUGUUAUUAUGGUCAAAUUUUUAAUUUUGCUUCAUUAAUUAAAUUAGGAGGUAAUUUCUUUAACAUUAGAGCCAUGUUCCUCAUGAACAAAUCAACUUCGUCUUCAUUCUGAUUAUCUACGAGUUUCGAAUACAUUUCCAUGCGCUCUUUUGACCUUUCUUCUAAAUUUUGCAGUAGUUUUGAUUUUGCUGUUGUGGAUUUAACAAAUCUUCCUGAUAGUGAUGGAGUGUUUGAUUUACUGCUGGGAGUAUUUGAUCGACUUGUGCCCAUAUUUGGUUUUGAUCUUUUUGCAGGUAUAUUCAAAUCGAUAGAUUAUGCGAUGAUGUGAUGCGACGUCAUCAAUUUCGUUAUCUAUCUGUAAUUCUGAAUAGGUCGUAUUAUCAUCAAAAGUUUGUGACUGUAUAUUAUUGUCAUUUUGAUUUUCAUAAAAGUUUUGAAGUCGCCUACGAUUAGUUUAAAAAUAAAAUUUAUCCAUACACAAAAAAGUAUCAUGCCUUCGUUCAGUCUUCACCAAUUCUAAAAAUUUCAAAUGUUCCAACAGUGUCCACUUGGUAGGUCGGGAUGAUGCCGCCGAACCAGUUCCUAACUUUUGCUUUCUUUUAUUUUUAAAAUAAUUAUCGCGAAUAUUUUUCCAGCGAAUUUUGCAUUCUUCGGCUAAAAAAAGAAAUAUUUAAAAUGUCAAAUAUCUUUAUAUAAGUAGGAACUAGAAACCUAGAGUUUAUGAGAUAUUUUUUUUUUUAGAUUCUUGGCUACUGGAGAGUCAUUUAGAACCCUGUCAUUUGCCUUCCGCAUUUCAUUCAGCUACAUCUCAGUUAUUAUUAGAGAAACACUGGAAGUUUUAUGUUCAACAUCGGUACCGAUUUUGUUGCGACCAUGUAGUAGUGAACACUUAAAGGAAAAAGCGUUGAAUUUAGGAAAAAAUGGCAUUUCCCCAACUGUGUUGCAGGAAUCGAUGGAAAACACAUUCGAAUUUUCCGCCCCAACAAUAGUGGCUCCCUAUUUUACAAUUACAAAGAUAAUUUUUCAAUAGUUCUGUUAGCAAUGGUCCAUGCAAACUGCAAAUUUCUGUUUGUUGAUGUUGGUGCUUACGGUAAAGAGGGAGACAGUUCCAUUUUUUCUAAUUCACCGAUGGGCAAUCAGGUGUAUUCAGGAAAUUUAUUUCCAAAUGAUGAAUUUCUACCUAAUACAAACAGGAAGCUAGCUUAUGUAGUAAUCGCCUAAUCGGAGAUGAAGCGUUUAGGUUACAUCGACAUUUAAUGAAACCAUACAGCAAGUUAUAGGCUAGAGGCGAUAAAAGAAAAACUAUUUACAACUACCGACUGUGUAGGGCCAGACGUAUCACUGAAAAUGCAUUUUGGUCUGUGCCAAGUCUUUCGCAUCUAUUAUACACCAAUAGCUGUUAAAGCAGAAGUAUGCGAUAAGUUGAUUAUGAUGACUUGUCUUCAUAAUCUAUUAAAAGAUGGAUUUUUGGAAAAAAACAAUAAAUCUUAUUACGGAUAUGAUUCAAAUAUUCCAUUGCCAAAGAACAUUACUCCAUUAACAGGAGGUGGAGGAUUUGCUAAUGCAACUGGUUUGGAAAUCAGAGAAAUGUUCGCAAAUUUCUUUAGCGAAGAAGGAGCAACAGAGUGGCAAAACGACAGAGUCUUGUGUCCAUAUUUUUGUAUUUUAAUCUUACACACAAUUUGAUAAUUAUUGAGCCAAUGUUUUGAAAAAUAUACAUACAUAUAAUAAAAGAUGUUUAUAGAUAAAAACAGUUUUGUGUUUUACUGUCAAUACUAACAAUUAUAUAGUGUCCACCAUAAUGUUCGCUACAUAUGGGAAAUUCGAGCAUUUGAUCAAGCAUAAUACAUUUUCCCAUAUCCUACAAGUAAAAAAAUGCCCAUAUGUAGCGAACAUUAUGGUGAACACUGUAUAAAAUACCAAUUGAAACAUUGGGAAAAAUUAAUCGACCUACUUGACCUAAUGCAACCCUACUAUUCACAAAACUUGAUUCAUCUAUAUGGAGCGGAAAACAAUGAAUUUAUUCUUAAAUACUUACGAUUCUUGGAUAAAGCUGCAGCAAUUUCUUUCCAUACAUUUUCCCAAAUUGGCUAAUCUUUAAAGUCUUUAUUUUCAUGGUUAUAAAUACAAGGAUAUUCACGUACUUGAUAAAACAAUAUUUCAUCUUCAGCAUCUGUGAAUUUUUUCGACAUUUUGUGUUAAUAUCUUCAGCUAAACUCUGCUUAUAUCAAACUGAUGUAUAGACGGCUAGGGUCUACGUUCGCAUACAAACUACAUUGUACGUGUUAUUAACUGCCAGACGUGGUGGCAAACCGCGAACGCUGGACGUCGCUAGGAAAUCACACCUUUAGCGGUUAAGCUGUCGUUAUUUUGUAAUGUUAUAAUGUAUGAAUGUAUUAUCUGCUGAAUAUAUUUAUUAUUAUUAUAUUAUCAUGAA